UCCGUCUGGCGACAACGGCACCAGGGGGGUUGUUUUGAUUAAAGUUGACGGAUUUUUUCACGUUUUUAUCCCAACAUUGUUACGUCGAAAUACGCGAUGAUUUGAUGUGCUGCCUGAGUGUUCACCUGUCGUCUUUUCGUCACGUCCCCGAGGGAGAAACAAACUUGGGAAUAACCGAUGUUGAAGCUGAGAGGAGCAACUUUUCCAACGGGCUGACCUAUGCUAAGCUAACCCCGCUAGCCAACGCUGUGGAAACUCCUGUUAAAAGUCCACAAACCAGCAAACGAAGUUUGUGUUUCGGGAUAUGGUGACUAGAUGAUAUUUACUGGUGAGUUUCUGAGGAAAACUUGCCGCUCGAAGACUCACUAUAACCGGUCGGUGUGGACGGUGCAGGUGCACCUUUUGCGACACCUGCGAAAACUUGGUAACUUAGCUCCAUCAGCUAACUUUAGCUUGUUCGCAUUAGCAUUAUGCAGAAGCAGGGACUAUGUUUUGGACUAGUUUGUACUCUCGUUGCAGAGUUUAUUUGAGAUUCAAGAUAUGAAAUGUUGGUUUCAAACUUUAUUUUGCUGUUUAACCGUUAAAGUGGUGACAUUGGCUUAAGGGUACUUCGGCUAGCUAGCAAGUUGUUGACCCUCUUUUACCGGAGUGGCGACGUGGAUACAGGACGCUCUCUCUCCCACAGGACUUUGGACACAGUUUCUUCCUGCCUUGGACUCCGCAGGGAUAGCCUCUCUGUUAUCGGCAGCUAGUUUCUUAGAUGUGACAACAUGCGGUUUUCAAAAAGUCACAUUUUCUUGUUUUAAAGUUUUAAUUUUGUCCCAAAAGCUCUGCACCCUAUGGUGCCGCUACGGCCACCGAGAAAUGGAUGUCUCGCAGGCCGCUUUCCCAAACGGUGAAGGGCGGCCGGGCGGCGGUGGGACAGCGGAGCAUGCCUGGACAGAUACCCCCACAGUCCGGGCGUGGGCUCACUCCGCCCCGCUGUGCCCGACUCGGUCCCUGUGGACAGCCGCGUAUGACUACGAGGCAAGCGGCGAGGACGAGCUCAGCCUUAGGCGAGGGGACGUGGUGGAGGUGCUGUCCAAAGACGCAGCGAUCUCCGGGGAUGAGGGGUGGUGGACGGGUAAAAUCAACCACCGAGUCGGGAUUUUCCCCUCCAACUAUGUCACCUACCAGCCUGCUAUUUACCGUCUCCCUGCCACGAGUGGGGCUGUGGGGGCACGAGAGCAGGUCCCGAGCUCGCCCGUGCAGAUCCCCUUCAGUGAGCUGGUGCUGGAGGAGAUAAUCGGCGUGGGUGGAUUUGGCAAAGUUUACCGAGGCACAUGGAGAGAUCAGGAGGUCGCCGUGAAGGCGGCUCGGCAAGACCCAGACGAGGACAUAACAGCCACCGCCAGCAGUGUUAAACAAGAAGCGAAACUUUUCUCCAUGCUGCAGCAUCCCAACAUUAUUAAACUGGAGGGAGUGUGUUUGAAGGAGCCCAACCUGUGCCUGGUCAUGGAGUAUGCCCGAGGCGGGACACUGAACCGGGCGUUGACCGGAAGGCGCAUCCCUCCACACAUCCUGGUCAACUGGGCCGUGCAGAUUGCACGCGGGAUGCUCUACCUACACGAGGAGGCCGUGGUACCCAUUAUCCACCGUGACCUGAAGUCCAGCAACAUUUUAUUACUUGAAAAGAUUGAGAAUGACGACAUCGGGAGGAAGACCUUGAAGAUCACAGAUUUCGGCCUGGCCAGGGAGUGGCACAAAACCACAAAAAUGUCAGCUGCAGGCACCUACUCUUGGAUGGCCCCCGAGGUCAUCAAGUCAUCUCUUUUCUCCAAAGGCAGUGACGUCUGGAGCUAUGGUGUCUUGCUGUGGGAGCUGUUAACAGGGGAGGUGCCAUACCGCGGGAUAGAUGGCCUGGCUGUUGCGUACGGUGUGGCAGUCAAUAAGUUAACUCUGCCAAUCCCCUCCACUUGCCCCGAACCCUUUGCCAAGCUCAUGGAAGAGUGCUGGGACCAGGACCCCCACGUGCGUCCCUCCUUCUCCUGCAUCCUGGAGCAGCUGUCAGCCAUCGAGGAGGCGGUGAUGGCCACAAUGCCCCAGGACUCCUUCCACAGCAUGCAGGACGACUGGCGUGUGGAGAUCCAGGAGAUGUUUGAUGAGCUCAGGACCAAAGAGAAGGAGCUACGUUCCAGAGAAGAGGAGCUGACGCGGGCCGCCCUCCAGCAGAAGUCUCAGGAGGAGCUGCUAAAGCGUCGGGAGCAGCAGCUGGCAGAGCGGGAGAUCAACGUGCUGGAGAGAGAGCUCAACAUCCUCAUUUUCCAACUCAACAAAGACAAACCCAACGUGAAGAAGAGGAAAGGCAAAUUUAAACGUUCCCGCCUCAAACUGAAGGAUGGAAACCGCAUCAGCCUGCCGUCAGAUUUCCAACAUAAGAUCACCGUGCAGGCGUCACCUUCUAUGGACAAAAGGCGAAGCCUUCAUAGCACCAGCUCUUCUCCUCCCAGCAGUCCCACACUCAUCCCUCGGCUACGAGCCAUUCAGCUUACUCAAGAUGAGAGCAACCGAACAUGGGGCCGCAGCACCCUCUUCAGGCCAGAGGAGUUCGAUGAUGUUAAAAAGGGAAUCAAGAAGAAAGGAAGAACCUGGGGCCCCAGUUCAGUCCAGAGCAAAGAAAGGCCUGCUGCUGCCGAGAGAGUGCGUCCUCUGUCAGACGGCAGUAACCCCUGGUCCACCAGUCUGGUCAAGUCCCAGAAGUCUGUCCCCCUCGCUGCCCUGUUUGCUGAACAGGCAGGGGCCGGUAAAGAUGAGGCAUUCCCCCAGGAAUGUCUGGACAGCAACUCCAAGCCAAAGCAGCUCAAGUUCCCCAACCAGGUGUACAUCGAUCUACCUCUGUGGAGGGACGAGCAGCAGCCUCAGAGCCCUGCUGGGCAUUGUGGGUCAGGAGAUGCUGGGGUCGGGGCAGCGGGUCAAGGUGGCCCGCCAGAGACCCCAGAUGACCCUUACACCACCACAUCCACCUCGUCCACCUCCACCACCCCACAGCUCACCCCCACUAACAGCCUGAAGCGGACGUCAGCUCGCCGUAAGACAGACUCCGUGCUGUACGGCUGCGGCUCGCUGCUGGCUUCAGUUGUUCUCGGUUAUGACAUCAGGGAGGCUCUAAAAAACUCUGGAGAAGAUUGUGAGCCCCAGCGUGAGGAGAAAGAGAAGAAAAAGAAGGAGGGCCUGUUUCAGCGUGCGACCCGGUUCCGUCGCAGCACCUCACCACCAAGUGGUCGCCCCCGCAAAGACGAGGCGUCGUCAAACCACACCGCCACCCAGCCUGUCAAUCUCAUCUCCAUGUCUGCCAUCAUGGAGUGCAACUCCACCAAGUGCCUCUUACAGUCGGAGGCAGAGGUGUCACAGUCUAGCCCGGGGAAGGCUGAGCUCGUGGCUGCCAAUCAUCACACAGAGUCUUCACGACCCGGCCCAGCAGCUCCUACAGAAGGCCAGAGUAACAGGACAGCAGCGAACACACAGACGCCAGUGCAAACCCAAAGCCAGCCACCAGAGCAGAGCAACCACAACACAGGAACACGUCUACGCAGAAAGAAAUACACUACCAACCACAAUACCAAUGGCCCACCCACUCUGCCUCCUCCAGUCACACAGAAGAAGCAGGAGAAAGAGAAGGAUGGGGCGUCAGAGAAGCCCUCUGGCGGGGAGCCCUUCUCCAGACCGCGGCCAGUGUCAUUCCGGGCCAAACCGCACGCCUGGGCCUUGCUGCGAGGACGCAACAAGAGCUACUCCCUGGGCCAUUACUCUGGAGAGAAGACGGCACAAAACCUAAGUGUGGUGCUGUCCUCAGAGGGCUGCUCCCUGCUGGACUUGGACACAGAGGGCCAGAAACGAGACUGCACUGUGCCGCUCUGCCGCAUUCAGAGCUCCCCGGGACGGCCCUCCGUCUUCGAGCUGGAGAAAGAGUUCCUUUCUUAGGAGCCUUGAAAAGUGAUCUGCUGUGGUCGUAGCUCAUCCGAUACAAUCUAGAGUGUUUCAGAACAUACAGACAGAAUUUUUUGGCCUAAAACUCCUGGAGGGUUUAGAACCAGGCUGCCUUUUUUUCUUCCAUUUUUUUAAAAGUUCUAUAACAUAGAACCCAGCUUUGUCUUAGUUCUAGAACAUAGUGUCAGUGUUCUAGAGCGUAGUCAAGUCUGAGACUUCUCAAAGACAUCCGUGUCACAGCGGUUUUAGAGCGUGCACCCUCGUCUUACACACUGCGUUAUCUUUUUUCCCCAUGUUCCACCUGGUUCCGCCCUGCUGCGCUGUGAUUGGCUCGUACUCAUUACCGUGACACAUCCGUGUGAGUGGACGCUGUAGUGGAAGCCAGUUUUCCUCUUAAGGUUUGAUUGUGUACAUUUGCCUUGCUGUAAAAGCUGGCUUUUUUGGUACAAAUAGCUAAAAAUCUGUGUCAUCUUAAAUCGAAAUUAAGAAAAACAGAGGGUUAGGGAACUGUAUAAGACAGUGGUUCUGGACUUUUUUUAGGCCAUUGCCCCCUUAUCAUUUAUCCAGAUCCUUUACUGCCCCACAUCAGUUGAAAUAUAGGCCAUUUUUUAUGUUAUAUCAUAAGAAAAGCAUGUCAUUUAAUACCAAAUAACAGAUUUAAUCAAACUGGACAGUAGGAAUAUAUCAUUAUCAUUAGUUUCCCAGGGAGCAAUCAACAUGUGAAAUAGAAAUGAGGCAGUAUUUUGUGCUAAACAAUUGUUAGAAAUCAGACUUUAUUUAAGUCUUGUUAUUGAUCACAAACGGUAGCUAAUCAGGACAUGGUAAUUUGGUGUUAGUGCCAAACAAGACGUAAUCUUAUUAUCGCACAAUCACACUUUAGGGAAUAAAGAAUGGGGGUAGUGCUGGAUGUAAUGUACACAGAAAGCUAGAUUGCUAGCUAAUGUUAGCUAGCAAAAAAGUCUAGCUAGUGUUAGCUAGCAAACUAGCUAACACUAGCUAGCUAAUUAAUAUUGAGAGAUAUGAUAUUAUUGGUACAUUUUCCAUUUUCUUAUGUUCCAUGUCUUUUGAUUCACUGCCAGUCGGGCAGCAUUUCCCAACGGGGGCAGUUUUAUUUUCCAUGGCCAAUAUCAUGGAAUAUCGACUGCUUAAACACAGCAGCAAUCAGUUCAUUGGUCGAGGCUGCAACUUUGAGGGUAAAACCCACCAAAGUUAAACUCAACACAAUGUGAAAAUGUGAUUUUGCUUUGUCAUCUGAAUCAAAUGUUUAAUUUGCGCCAUCACUGAAUAGAAAUGAACAGGUGGCUAAUUAUUCACCAGUGUCAACUUUGUGAACAGAUGAUCAUACUCUCAAAGGGAAACAAGCAGCCUACAAAGAAAGAAAUGUGAGGUCACUGGAAAAAAAACAAGAUUAUAUGUAGGUUUUCCUAUAUUAAAGGCCUGUUGAUCAUAACUUUUGGAGGAAAUAAUCUAAAUUUCUUUUGAAGUUAGUGUGAGCCCUGCAUUUAGUGGUUCUCGUCCAGGUCCUUCACUCCAAGUUGAGGUGUCAGUCUAACAAAGAACAAGGACAGAAAAACUGUACAGUCUGCUGACCUGUAGAUGAGGCUUCUUACUGUGCAAAAAAAGCAAGAAAAAAGCAGAGUGGACAUAGGUGCAUUCUCUUUUCUAACAGGCCCUGUGCACUUUUAUGUGCAUAUGAAGAAUUGAGGCACCUUAUGAAGCAGGACCAGUACCUGCAAGCAAGGAAUGGAAAAAAAGUCUUGUCUUCAGGAGGGAAAUCCUUGUAAUAAAAUCGCUCACUGCGAGUUUAGCAUACAAUCACAAGGAUGCGAUGAGGUGAUGAGUACUAGCUAAGCACCAUCGAGCGGGACUAGGCAGAACACGUUGGAAAAAGUCUAAUGCUUACACACUGCCUUGUCUCAUUCUAGAACACACACGGUUCUGAAUUUUGAGCAGAACAUUCUGGAUCAGCAGCUCUUCCUCUGAUCCCUCGGUGCUCGACUGCCGCCUUUGUUCGCUCAUCUCUCUCUGUCUUUUUUGUUACCUUCUUCCUUUCUCGUUCUGUCGGUGCAGCUCAACGUUGACCGCUGCUGCAGCUUUUGCAACACAAUACCCUCACCUUUUUAUUUAUAUAUAUAUUUUUAUAGGUAAUUUAAUAUGAAGAGACUUGACCUUACCUUAGCAACCAGCAGGACAUACAUUCCAUGUCAGUUUCAAAGUUGUGCGAUCGCGCUUAUAGUUUUUUUUUUUUGACUUGAGAAUCAUGCAUGCGUGUACCCUUAAGAUGUUGAACAAAAAAAUCGUUAUGCCUCGUUUGUAAAUAUCUCUUUUUAUCCCAUUAUCAGCCUAAUGCUGGCGGUUGUUUUGUAUUGCGUAUAUGCUGUUUUAUGACUGUUUUAAAAGUCAGCAAUGCUGCAGUACCGUUCGUGUUCUGGGGAAAGGUUACAUACUGGAUCGCAGCAGGGAUGCAAGUUAUGUUUCCUCCCAGAAUGCCCUGAAGAUUUUAGAGAUGCAGGUAGAAAAACACUGGAAGUCCUACAAAGCAAACAUGAAAUCUUUUCACAUAAAAGUUGGAUACAUUUUUAAAAGGCCAUUGUGGUCACAUGUUGCUAAUAUGGAUUUUUCUAAGUAUUUAUAGAAACUUUUUUGGGUUAAUAUUUCCUGUACUCAGCACACUGAAGCAGAGAGGGGGAACACUUCAGUCAUGAAUGUUAAUGUCAGGAAAACCUGCCCCAAAUUAAUGAAUUUAUAUUCUAAUCCCCCCGAUGACAGCUGAUUGGCUUGAACUGUAAUGACACAGCAUAAUUUUAGAUUUAAGUCGUGCAAGGAUUACAACACAGCCCGGGAGUGACCACACGGGAUAAUUUAGUUUAGAACACUGAGUGCACACAAAAUGGCAAUACUGUAACCAGACUGUACUGUAAUACAUACUGUAAACCAGACAUACCCUGUGCCUUCUGAGGUACUUAAGUUUUAAUGAAAGUAUUAUCACGUGAGCACAAUUUGAUAAACAAAUGACGAGUUCCCAUGAUCAUGAGAUUCCUAAAAAAAUGUUAUGACAUUAAAAAAAAUAGUUUUCCAGACCUGGAAGUGGUGUGUAAUUUACAGAAUGUUUUGGAAAAGUCAUGAAUUGAUUGAAUUGAUUUUGCUAUUUAAGAAAAAAACAGUUAAAAGCAGAAAAAUCCUGAACAUGUCUUAACGUUUCUUGUAUUAUUCAUAUAAAAUCUAGUGCUGUGCUGUACAACCGUUGAAACCUCACUAGUAUCACCCUCCCUGCCUGAAAGGUGACGUUCCACGUCCCCAGAGCGAGUCUACGAAGCCAAGGGUCAGCACACCCGGGGCCCCGCUCCUGCCUGCUGCCCGGCACACAAUGCACCCGGCCCUGAUUUCCAAUCCUGCGGGUGGUGUCCUCCGUACCGGCCGAGGUACGCUCAUCUCGAGCCGGCCGUGUCAUCAGGGUCUUUGUGAAUCGCUUUUAGUCUGGCCCCUCCCCUGGGACCUCUUUGCCUUGGAUAACCCUACCAGGAGCUAACGUUCCCGACAACACAGCUCCCAGGAUCACAGGGACACGCAAACCCCCCCGCCACGUGUACAUGGCGAUUAAUAUACUGCCUAAAUACAACAAAUUUCUUGUUGAAUUAAUAAGUUAAUUAGUUAAUUAAUAAUUAAGGGAAAUUAUUUCCAAAAUUCAUUUAUUGAACAAAUUAAACCGAACACAAAAGACAACAGUAAAAAAGAAUAAUGGUUACAUUUUAACCAUCAAAAAAAUGUAGAAGUUAAAAGUUUAGUUUUUGACUGAUCCUAUCUUUUAACUAAGUCAAAAAAACCCUGAGUGCAAUAUCCCAGGCUUUUGCAGUGUGUUUAGCACUCAAGUUGACAUCACGAUAAUGACAAAAAAAUAUAUAUAUAUUGUGCAGCCCUUCUAUGCAGCCAGUUGGUGGCUGCAAGGUCCAACAAGCGAGUGAUGUUGGCAAUCGGUACCAGUUUUCUUAUCUCCAAAAGUGUACGAUUUUCAAACAACAAAUUUAUAAUACAUGGCUAAAAAGAGAGGCGGACCCCAGCCACGCUGUGUGUAGACUCUGCACCAAAAUGUUUGAUGUCUGCAUUGGGGAAGCUUCUCUGGUUAGUCUCGUUUAAGUGACAAAGCAUCCAGACAACCAAACAUUACCGCAUGUGUCCACUGUAUGUGUGAACACAAAGGCAUUCCAUAAUCCAUGCAGCACUUUGACCAUAAAGCCAUGCUGAGGGCAUAGCACACUGGAGGAAGAGCCUCAUUAUCGCGCUGCAUGGUCGCUAUAUAGGCUUACCUAUUUUAAACUACUUAAAGUUAUUGAAAUGCAGUCAAAUAUUUUGGAAAAAACGAUCUAAAAGUUUUGAAAAUGUAUUGGUAAGAAGGCAUUGUAGCCCUGAAAUUCUUUUUCUCUCCCUGACAUCGUUCAUCUGCAUCGUGGAUUUUACCCCAUUGCCAUUAUUAGUUUCAUAUACCUAAUUGCACUAAGUUUGAUCUGUUUAGUUGAGUCAUGUUUUAUAGUUUUGCUUAUUUUUAAUUUGUACAUGUUUUAUGUGACGGUUUCAGCCAGGUUUCCAUCUCAUCAAGCUCCAGAAUGUCUUGGGACAUUUUGGACAGAUUUCGGCUAAAGAGAGUGAAGACAGUUUUAUUAUCAUACUGUAACAGCCAGUUGAAUGGGUCUCUCGGGAUUAACAAACGCUUUGUUGUCUUAAUUUGUUUUACUGUUUUUUCUUCGGACCUCUGUAAGCACGAUAGUAUGGUGGAUGAAUACUGUUAUAGUCCUGUGGUCACUCCCGGGCCCUCUGUCUAAAGACUGAAACAAAUCCGCUCCUCUGUUGACUAAUUGUACUUCCCCCAAUUUAAGUCUGUUAUUGAGAAGUUCAUUGUGCCCCACGUUUGAAGGGCAAAACAAGGGCUCACUUACGUAUGAAUUCCAGAUAUACCGAUAUGAAUUCCCAAAUGGUGUAAAUAUAAUUGUGAUCCCUGAUGUGUAUAUCACUGCAGCAUCUUAUGAUUUAGAAUGUGAAGUAUCCCAUGUUCUGUAUUUUGUGACCACUGACUGUCAAAUCAACACUGUAAAGGCCUUACUAAUCACCGAGCUGGUAAAGGCGCAGUUUACAAGCCAAGAUAUCACUGAAUUUACCUGUUUUUUUCCCUUUUUUUUUAAAUGAAUUAAGGGUUAUCUGUAAAUAAUAUAAUGCACUGGUGCUGUACGUUCCCCUUAAAAUAUUGUAUUUGAGUUUGAAGCUGCAGUUUGUUGUCCACAGACACAGUGGUUAAUGAAAAGGUUAUUGAGGUUGACUCUACAUUUAAACAUUCCACUACAUUUGACAACCUGCAACACGAAUAUUUGUGAUACCGGUUAUCAAAAAGGUGCAUUAAGGCUUCUGGCUAAGGGACCAAAUUCAACUCUACCAGCACUAAAGGCUUCUCUGUCUUCAGGACCAAAACCACUAAAUGACUAGCUGCUAGUGAGGAGUUCUUGGAAACAAAACUACUCGGUACGAAAACUUAACAAAAAACUUAUGAGGCUUAUUGCUGUUGCUGAAAGACCCAUCACCUUCGGAUCAAUUAACGAGACUUCCUAAAUGCAAUACUUCCUUAAAGUCAGCGAGCAUCUCUGUCACACUGAAUGUGUCAGUUUUAUCUUGAGUUUAUCUGUUUCAGCGGAUCUUUUUUUUGUUAUCAUUACAGUAUUGGUUAUUUCACGCCUUAUUGAUCAAGAGUAUCAAGUUUAUCAACAUUUUGAAUAAAGUCUAAAUCGAGACUAA